UGAGAGGGACAGCAGCUCUGCUGCUACAUGUUUCCUGAAGACGGGCUCCUGUCUGUGCAGCCUGUUUUCUAAACUCUUGCAGCAGUUUCAGUGAGGAGUUCACGAUGAUACCUCUGUUGUUCAGCAGCGUUUUAGCAGGACUUUUAGCUCUGCUUCUCUACCAGAGGACGGUGUAUCCCUUCUUCUGGGUGGAUCUGAUUUACUACCUCAAACUUCGGAGGUACGGGAAGUCUCUGCAGGCUCGUAUGAAGUCAGGGAUCAUCACAUACCUCGACUGUUUUCUCCACCAGGCGAGGAAGAACCCGAACAAACCCUUCAUCAUCUUCGAAAGCCAGACUCUGAGUUUCCGUGAUGUGGACCGGAGGAGUAACCAGAUAGCGAACGCGUUCAGGGCGCACGGUUCUCCGGGACAAGGGGACAUUGUGGCCAUGUUGAUGUGCAACGAACCAGACUUUAUCUGUGUGUGGCUCGGUUUGUGCAAGCUGGGCUGUGAGGUGGCCUUUCUGAACAACAACAUUAAGGCAAAGUCUCUGCUGCACUGCUUCGGGAUCUGCGGGGCCAAAACCCUGGUGGUGGGCGCAGAUUUGGUGCAUUUGGUGGAGGAGGUGUUGCCGGACCUGAAGAAGGACAACAUGGCGCUGUGGGUGGUGGAUCACACGGCCCCCUCAGAGGAGUUCACCAGUCUACUCGAUAAGGUGGAGAGCAUGUCUGGAGAAAGCUUGAGUGACCUUCCUAAAGUGAACAUCAUGUCCAACUUCCUCUUCAUCUUCACUUCAGGCACCACAGGUCUCUCCAAAGCGGCCCGAGUCGGUCACCUGAAGGCCGUCCUCAGUAUGGCUUUCUUUGAGAUGUGUGGAGCCACGUCUGAGGACAUCAUCUACAUCACUCUGCCUCUGUACCACAUGUCUGCUUGCCUGCUGGGGAUCGGAGGAUGCAUACAGCUCGGUGCGACGUGUGUUUUAAAGAAGAAGUUUUCAGCCAGUCAGUUUUGGAAGGACUGUGUGAAGCACGAUGUGACGGUGGUGCAGUACAUAGGAGAGCUCUGUAGAUACCUCUACAACCAUCCCACAGUCCCAGAGGAGAGGGCUCACCGCGUCCGGCUGGCAGCAGGAAGUGGUCUCCGCUCAGACAUUUGGAGGCAGUUUUUGCAGCGUUUCGGCAGCAGGAUAAAGAUCAGAGAAGGUUACGGCCUGACGGAGGCUGGCAUCGGCUUCCUGAACUACACCGAGGAGGUCGGACCCAUCGGCAGGGCGGGCUAUUUCAACAAGCUGUCCAUGCCCUUUGAGCUCCUCAGACACGACCCAGUGUCCUACGAGGCGGUCCGGACCCCCGCUGGGAGAUGCAUACGAGCACAGAAAGGGGAGGCAGGGAUCCUGGUGGCUCCGCUCUCAGCCAUGAAUCAGUUCCUGGGGUACGCAGGGAGCCAGGUGCAGUCGGAGAAGAAGCUGCUCAGAGGCGUCUUUAAAGAUGGCGACGUCUUCUUCAACACUGGAGACCUCCUGCUGCACGACGACCAGGACUUCCUGUACUUCAGGGACCGAAUUGGAGACACCUUCAGGUGGAAAGGAGAGAAUGUUUCCACCACUGAGGUUUCAGAGGCUGUGGGUCUGCUCGACUUCAUCCAGGAGGCCAACAUCUACGGAGUCACCAUACCAGGAAAUGAAGGUCGGGCAGGUAUGGCUGCUAUCGUCUUGCAACAGGAUCACAAAUUAAAUGGAUCAGAACUCUACGACCAUUUAGUAAAAACUCUUCCUGCCUAUGCCUGGCCGAGGUUUCUCAGAAUACAGACGUCCUUGGAUGUGACGGAGACGUUCAAGCAGCAGAAGGUGAAGCUGGUCACGGAGGGCUUCGAUCCGGACGUCACCCACGAUCUGCUGUACUUCUUAGACGUUCCUCAGAAAGAUUACACCCUCCUGACUGUGUCUCUGUAUCAGGACAUUGUGAAUGGGAAGAUCAAAGUAUGAACACUAUAGGACGUUAGAAGUUAUAAUCCAGGUUGUUGCCAUGUUUGCGUUUGUCUGUAUGUGAAAUGUGGUUAUAAUCAGUCCCACAGACAGAGCUGUUAUUCAUAUUUGAAAGAUUAGUUACUUACUCACUGUGAACCAGCCAGAGCCUUUAUUUACCUCAACAUUUCAAGUGCUACUGUUCUAAGUUUUUACACUUGAUUCAAACCACACACUUACUCAACGUUUACAUCUUGAUAAGUUAAGUGCCAUUUACACCUAAACUCCACUAUUCAUGACAUUCCCGCCUGUUAUUUUUUACUUACUUUUACUCUUACUUUCUCUUCUUUUCUGUAUCACUAGUUGGUUACUAUAGACGUAUGUUGAAACUGAAUUUGACGGCCAUUCUUAUGGAAAUGAGGGUUUGCGAAUAGGAUUACAUUAAAUUAAACGAAACGUAGGUGGGUCUUCAGUUUGAGACGGACGAUAUGUAGACUCUCUGCUGUCCUGAAAUCAGUGAGAAGCUCCUUCCACCAUUUGGGAGACAGGCAAAAGGGUGUCUCUUUUGGGGUGUACCUGGUUCCACUUCGCCGAUUUGCUGAUGCAGAGCGAAGUGCACGUGCUGUAGUGUAUGUUUUGACCAUGUCUUGGAUGUAGGAUGGACCAGAUCCCUUUACAGCUUGGUAGACCAGUACACGUGUCUUGAAGCGUAUUCUGGCAGCCAGUGAAAGGAGCGAAGGUGAGGUGUAAUGUGGGAGAACUUGGAGGGCUUGAAGACCAGUAACGCUGCUGCAUUUUGAAUUAACUGUAGAGGUCGGAUGGCAUUUGCAGGUAGACCAGCCAGGAGGGAGUUGCAGUAAAGCGUGAGAUGAGAAGACCCUGGACCAGGACCUGUGUUUUAAGAUAUUGAAUAGCACUUUCUAGACAAAACAAAGGGCAUUCCUUUAGAUACAACGUCGGGCAUUAUGUAAAAAAAACACUUUUCACAUUGUGUCAGAUGAUGUCACAUAUGGGAGUGGCUUUUCCCUUUCACGCCGUGACAUUUGAGCCCAUUAUGCCUCUAUGUGUUAUGUAUUUACAGUUUCAACACUAUAUGUAUUGUUAUUAAACACCUGAUAUAUGUAUAGCUGUGGAAGCAGACAUUGCACUGUGAGCUUUUAGAGGACCAGUUAUUCCUCCUUACCCCCUCAGUGUUUGUUGGCUGACUGUCUUAAAGUAAUCAUUCAUUAUGGUCAUGUCCGUUUUUCAAAUGACUUUUUUGUUUUGUGCAGACUUUUAUUUGAGAAUAUUAUGUGACUUCCUUUCAAUGCUUGUUGGAAAUCAGGUUUUCUUAAAAGAAUGGGACGGAUACAUCUAUAUUUCCUAUGUAUAAAUACACCUGAUAAAUCAAAAAUAUAGCCUAACUGCUGUCUUCACAUUUCUGAACUGAAUAUUAAACUCACUGUA